CCUCCAUCUCAUUCUUCAUGAGGACCACACUGAAGGGGAUUCUACAGAGCUGAAGAGUGCAAGUGAAAAAAUCAGUGCUGUUUAUGGAGCAGAUGGAACUAAGAAACCCCUAGAGGAACUGCAAUCAGACAAUAACUUCUCAGCACUGAUCCCAGAGUUUCUGUCUUCAACAAAGAAAAUUGAGUCUCAUCAAACAGCCAAAGAUCUUGAGCAAGCAAUCCGAAGUUAUGUAAAAUCAGGCCAGCUAAACUCCAAAGAGCGAUUCUACUGGCCUCUCAUGAAGUCUGUGACUAUCAAGCUGCCUGGUUGUAACGACAUCCUAAAAAAUCUGGUCUUGAUGGUUCUCCCAGGAACUGGAGACAUUGAUAUGAGCAGACGACAUAUGUGGAAAAAGUGCCUGAGAGAGUGUUCCACUGUAUGGAUCAUAAGUGACAUCAAUCGAGCUGCUUCUGAUGAGAAUGCUUGGGAGAUUCUCACUGCCAGCAUCGAAGAAUUGGUACAUGGUGGUGAAUGCAACAACAUCGCCUACAUCUGCACAAAGACCGAUGCUUCCAUAUACCCAGAAGAAUACAUGAGUAACAAGAAUUUGACAGACGAAGACCUGGGAAUCACAGAAGCACAGCAGGAAGAAGACUAUGAGAAGAUCAAGACUAAUAAAUGCAUAGUGCAUAGAAAUGGGCUGACUAAGGAACGAAUAAGACAUGAUUUUUUUAAACAUAAAGAAGUACAGGAUUAUUUCAGCAAUGAGGACUUUGAGGUUUUCACUGUCAGUUCGUGGGAAUUUAAGAAGCAAGACAUUCUAUCUAAAGAUCUCACAGAAGUCCCAGCUUUAAUGGAACGACUAAGAAAUCUCAAUGCCAGUUUCCCUGAAAAGAGAGAAGAGGACUAUAUUAAGGAAGCUCUGGGGGUUCUGUCCUUGAUCCAGGGCUCAAACUGUGACAGCCACACCAAUGUUAAAUUUUCUAAGAUGAAAGACAAGGCAUGUUCGAGAGUGAAGAAGCAACUGGAAGACCAGCUGGAUAAGUUGAAUCGUUCACUGCAGGAUAAGUACAAUGAUCUGCGUCACUGUCUCUCUCAGGGGGCAAAGGAGGCUGAGCAGAAGUGUCUCCAAAUAGCUGAGAGUGAAGUGAUAAAUCCACCACUCCAAACAGCACAGGGGUACCAUCGCACUUUGAGAGCUUUGUGUCAGAAAGGAGGAGUGACAAAGUCAAAUACCAAGAAGAUCACAGAUCUGAAUGGUGUGCUGAUUUCACCCAUGCGACAACUGGUGGACAAGGCAUUUAAAGAUCUGUUUGAGAGGAGAAGCUCCAGAAGAUUAAAGUCUGUCGCUGGAAUACUUGAGAACUUCAACUUUACUAGUGGAAUUGCUAAUGACUUCAGAUUUCCUCUAUCUUUGAUUUUGAAUUUUCUUGAGACUCAGCAAAACAAGCUAAAGACAACACUAGAAGAGGACAUCAGACAGAUGAAAAAGGAAAUCUACAACUGCCUCAAAGACACCAUAGAAUUAGAGAUGCGGCCAGUGUACAAAAAGGGGGGAUCUGAAACUGGAAAAGGAACCUUUAAAAUAAUGCAGGCUGUCCUGAGAAAAGGCAUUGAGGAGCACAAGACCUCCAUGUUCAACCGAGCCACUGAGAAGUCACUGGAUAAGUUUAAUGACAUGAAGGCUCAUAUUGACAAAACACUAGGAAAAUUAGCAGACACUGCUGAAAAUGCACUCAGCCCAAUGCACAGUGUGCCUCUCCCUGAUAUCACUGAGGAGGUGAACAGGAUGAAAAGGAUGAAAAAGCUUCACACUUGAAGGACGUAUUUAAGACAUUACGUUUCCAAUGACAAAUACUCAUGCAGUAUAUAGUUCAUCUUGUCUGAUGUGUGUUGUCACGGUUUGGGGUUUGCGUUUUGGUUUGGGACUUUUAGUUUGUAGUUUGUCUUGUGUUCUCCUUACUUCCUGUCCAGU